AUGGCUUCAGACCAAGGGGUUUCUCUUCAUCGGUCAACUCUUUCAGCCCGCGGUGAGCAAGAGUCUGGCAGCGUUGAGCAGGCCGCCGCCAACCCAGGGGAGUCCAAAAGGACUAGGCUCUGUGUUCUAUUAGGCUCUGGUAUUCUGCAACUACCGAUAUGGGGCUUUGCCACGACUUACGGCAUAUUCCAAGAGUACUACUAUAACAACUGGACGCUGGAUGGCGAUCGGAAUACCACUGGUGUCAUUGGCACGACUGCCAACGGGGUCAUGUACAUCGCCAUGCCUUUUCUCUUUGCUCUGUUCAGCAUGCGCUGGGCCCGUUGGCGACAAACCGCAGCCAUUUGUGGGACGAUUCUUGCAUGCGUCAGCUUCCUCGUGUCUUCAUAUAGCACCCACGUCUGGCAUCUUGUCGUGACUCAGGGUGUCACCUCGGCGUUGGGAUGCACUCUCAUUUAUAGUCCAGCCACGCUAUCUCUGGGGGAGUGGUUCACCACCAGCAAUCGAGCGUUGGCGUAUGGGAUCACCCUGUCCUGCAAAAACAUUGUCGGGACCAGUUGUCCGUUCCUGAUGCGAGCCUUGAUCAAUGCCUAUGGCUUUCGCAUGAGCCUGAGGAUAUGGACGGCUAUUAUGGGAGGCACCAGUAUCAUUGGAAUCCUCCUGAUUCCCACUCAUCCUUCGAAGAUGUCAUUGCACAAUGCCAGAGCACGGAAGAUCCCAUGGCAUUUCCUCAAGCACAAGGCUGUCUACUUCUACGGCAUUGCUAUCUUGUUUCAAAGUUCUGGAUACGGCAUUCCGCAGACCUAUUUGAGCACGUAUGCACGGGAUAUCACCCUGCUGUCCGAACUCUCCGGCACUCUCAUGAUAGCGGCAUUCAACGCACCCGGUAUCAUUGCAUCCUCCUUCUUCGGGUGGCUGAGCGACAAUAAGAUCUUCCCUCUUUCAGCGCAGGCAGUGUCUUCUAUACCGCCCAUCACCUGUGCUCUGAGCACUUUUCUCUUCUGGGGCCUAACAACGCAAGGUAACGUGGCGCUUCUGGUGGUGUUCUCCAUCACAUUCGGCUUCUUCUCCAGCGGCUACAGCGCCACCUGGGGCGGGAUGCUCAAGCAUCUGGAACGCGAAUCCGCCGAGAGGAAUGAAGCUCUCGACUCGGGGGUACUGUACGGUCUUCUGAAUGGUGUGCGAGGGAUUGGAUAUGCAAGUGGUGGGUUUGCUAGUGUAGCGCUUCUGAACGCGGGAACUAUCCGCUCGGGCGGCCAUUUUGGCUAUGGAACUAGCUACGGGCCGCUUAUUAUUUUCACGGGGCUCUCUUCCAUCCUUGGAGGCUGGGUCAUUCUGUGGAGGUGGAAUCCAAAGAGAUUGUUGCUUUAA